GUCAUUCGAAGCAUUUUCCUCCAUUGUAAGCAAUUUUGUGAAAGUCAUCAACAGCGCUCUCUCGGCGUAUCAUUUCGUGUGUUAUUUCCUAAACUAGUGGUAGCGCGCGAGCAGAUAAUAGUGAAUCAAGUAAAAGUCCCGUCCCGAGCAGCCCGCACAGCCAACGGAAAAACAAUGGUGAACAUCACCUCGGCCGCCGGCAUCAUCUGCCUGCUGGAUGAACCGGUCACGGAGCUAAAGGUAUUUGCGCUGAACAAGCUGAACAUGAUUGUGGGCGAGUUUUGGCCGGAAAUCUCGGAGGCGGCCGAAAAGAUCGAAAUGCUGCACGAGGACAAAAGCUUCUCCCAUCACGAGCUGGCGGCACUGGUGGCCUCCAAGGUGUACUACCAUCUCGGUUCGUUCGAGGACUCGCUCACGUACGCCCUGGGCGCGGGCGACCUGUUCGACGUGAAUGCACGCAACGAGUACGUGGACACGAUCAUUGCCAAGUGCAUCGAUCACUACACCCAGCUGCGGGUGGCCCUGGUGGAGGCGGAGGAGAACAACCUGGUCGCGAAACCGAUCGACGCGCGGCUGGAGGCGAUCGUAAACCGGAUGAUUCAGCGCUGCCUCGAGGAUGGGCAGUACAAGCAGGCGCUCGGCAUUGCGCUGGAGACGCGCCGCAUGGACAUUGUCGAGGCGUCCAUCAUGAAGGCGGACGACGUGCCCGGUAUGUUGGCGUACGCGUUCCAGGUGACGAUGGGUUUCAUCCAGAACCGCGCCUUCCGCAACACGGUCCUGCGGUGCUUGGUUGAGCUGUACCGCAACGCGGGCGUGCCGGACUACGUCAACAUGUGCCAGUGUUUGAUCUUCCUCGAGGAUCCGCUGGCCGUCGCCGAGGUGCUCGAUGGACUCACCAAGGAGAGCGAAUCGUCCGUGCUGAUGGCGUACCAGAUCGCUUUCGAUCUGUACGAAUCCGCCACCCAGCAGUACCUGGGCCAGGUGCUGCAAGCGCUGAAAGCAACCGCACCGAUCCCGUCGGCCCUGAUUUCGAACUUCAAACCGCAAGGCACUACAACGACCGACGCCACUGCCACCACUGCCACCGAGGCCACCGAACCGAAGGCGGAACGUACGCUGGAAAGCUUGAACGAGGCGGAAAAAACUCACCAGAAAAACAUCGAAAAGCUGGCCAGCAUUCUGUCGGGCGAGGUGACGAUCGAGCUGCAGCUCCAGUUCCUCAUCCGCAGCAACCAUGCCGAUCUGCAGAUUCUGCGCGCGACGAAGGAAUCGGUCCGGCUGUCGAUCUGCCACACGGCCACGGUCAUCGCGAACACGUUCAUGCACAGCGGCACCACGAGCGAUCAGUUUUUGCGCGACAAUCUCGAAUGGCUGGCGAGGGCAACGAACUGGGCCAAGCUCACGGCGACCGCCUCGCUCGGUGUCAUUCACCGGGGACACGAGACGGAUUCGCUCGCGCUGAUGCAAAGCUACCUACCGAAGGAGAGCGGCCCAAGCUCGGGCUACUCGGAGGGCGGCGGUCUGUACGCGCUCGGUUUGAUCCACGCGAACCAUGGCGCCAACAUCAUCGACUAUCUGCUGCAGCAGCUGAAGGACGCACAGAACGAGAACGUCCGUCACGGCGGCUGCCUGGGGCUGGGGCUGGCCGCGAUGGGCACCCACCGGCAGGAUGUGUACGAGCAGCUCAAGUUCAACCUGUACCAGGACGAUGCGGUGACGGGUGAGGCGGCCGGCAUUGCGAUGGGCAUGCUGAUGCUCGGCUCGAAGCAUGCGCAAGCGAUCGAGGAUAUGGUUUCGUACGCGCAGGAAACGCAGCACGAAAAGAUUCUGCGCGGUUUGGCGGUGGGCAUUUCGCUCACGAUGUACGCCCGGCUGGAGGAAGCGGACGCACUGGUGGCGUCCCUGUCGAACGACAAGGAUCCGGUGCUGCGCCGCAGCGGCAUGUACACGAUCGCGAUGGCGUACUGCGGAACGGGCAAUAACCAGGCCAUCCGCAAGCUGCUUCACGUGGCGGUGAGCGAUGUGAACGACGAUGUGCGGCGCGCCGCCGUAACGGCCAUCGGGUUUAUUCUGUUCCGCUCGCCGGAACAGUGCCCGUCGGUCGUUUCGCUGCUGGCGGAAUCGUACAACCCGCACGUGCGCUAUGGCGCUGCCAUGGCGCUGGGUAUUGCCUGCGCCGGCACGGGCUCGCGCGAAGCGAUCGCACUGCUCGAACCGAUGGCCAAGUUCGAUCCGGUAAACUUUGUGCGCCAGGGUGCGCUGAUCGCGUCCGCCAUGAUUCUGAUCCAGCACACCGACCAGACCUGCCCGAAGGUGACGUUCUUCCGGCAGCUGUACACCCAGGUCAUCACCAACAAGCACGAGGACGUGAUGGCCAAGUUCGGCGCUAUCCUGGCGCAGGGAAUCAUCGACGCCGGGGGACGUAACGUGACGGUUAGCCUGCAGUCGCGCACCGGCCACACGAAUCUGCAGGCCGUCGUGGGCAUGCUACUGUUCACCCAGUACUGGUACUGGUUCCCGCUGUCGCACUGUCUGUCCCUAGCCUUCACGCCGACCUGCAUCAUUGCGCUGAACUCGGACCUGAAGAUGCCGAAGAUUGACUUCAAAUCGGCCGCCCGUCCGUCGCUGUACGCGUACCCAGCGCCGCUGGAAGAGAAAAAGCGUGAAGAGCGCGAAAAGGUCACCACGGCAGUGCUGUCGAUUGCGGCCCGCGCCAAGCGCCGAGAAGGUGACAAAAAGAAGGAAGCGAAGGAUGGUGGUGCGAAGGACGGCGGUGCGAAGGAGGAAACGAAGAUGGAGGUAGACGAGGAUGCGUCCGGCAGCAAGGACGAGACUGCGAAGGCAAAGGAGGAAGCUAAACCAACCGCUACCACCACCACCACCACCACGCCGGUUAAGGAGGAAUCCAAGAAGAAGGACAAAUCGGCCAGCUCGGGUGCGGCUUCUCCGGCACCAGCUAGCGGGGAGGAUGCUACCGCCACCUCUGCCUCUGCUUCGACCGGCACGGACAAGGCAGCGGACAAGACGGCGAGCAAAACGCCGAAGGAGCCGGAACCGAGUUUCGAAAUUCUGUCCAAUCCGGCCCGCGUCAUGCGCCAGCAGCUGAAGGUGAUCAGCAUUGCCGAGGGUACGGCCUACACCCCAUUGAAGGACGUUGCGAUCGGUGGAAUCAUCAUGAUGAACCACACGGCCGGUGGGGAGCAGGUGUUGGUCGAGCCGGUUGCCGCCUGUGGCCCGAAGAACGACGACCUGAAGGAGCCGGAAGCGCCGGAACCAUUUGAGUACGUGGAGGAUGAUGCUUAAAAGCGUGGCGCAGCUCUUUUUUGUGUUUGAUUUGUGUCCGAUUUCGAUUCAAAUCGUUUGAAAUAUUAAUAAAACCCGUGUACUCUAGCAUGUCUCCAUA